CUUCCCGCGUCAGGAAGCUUGCAUUUCACCCCCACGUGUUUUCCAUCCAUUUUCAACCCUGUUUACCCUGAAAUUUUGAGACAAGCAACCAUUCCAACGUGUUUUAAUCGAAAUAUUAAACUUGUGAAUUUGGAAGGCGCCGGAAUGUCAUAACACGGUAACUAAAUGGAGUUUGGCUGUAAAAUGGAGUCCUCAAUAUCAACGCUCACCAACGGAAAGAAAAGGAAAGAUGAUCCGGAUCAUCAUCAUCAUGGCCACCGCGCGGCAAAGAGGGUCAAAAGCAAACCUGCUGGCGCUGAUGAGCUGGAAGAAGUUGAACCGCGAAUCUCUGUGCUUCCCGACCGCCUGCUGCAUCCCAUCACGGCCAAGGAGCUGAUGGAGCUCCUGCACUAUGCUGCUCUAGGGAAGAGCAACGGAGUCAAACAGCCAAGUUGGUGUGGUCUCCGUGGACAAAGACGUAUUGAAGGCGUCAAUGUAGCGGUGGUGGAGGGUGUUAGCCAAAGUGACUUUUACAAACAUUACCUGACUCUCAGGAACCUGAGGACCAAGUACAGCAAUAGGUUGAGCUUCAUGUCGUCAAAUAGCAGCAGCAGCAGCCUCCUUUCUACAAUAUUCAGCAGUGAAGUGGACUCAUUCGCACAACCGUCUUUAUCAAUGGAACAAAAGCGCAACAUCAAGAUAAACAAUGUGCUGAGUCAUCACCCGGUGGUGCACAAGUACGGUACGACAAAGCGUGGCCUAACGGCCUACGUGCUCACCCAGGAGGAGUUAAUCCAUGGGCAUUACCCCGUAAAAGGACUGCCGGGCUUCGAGGACUUUCUGGCCCUCUACAGCACUGACAUCACGGAUAGCAGCCCUCUCUUUGGAUUAGACUGCGAAAUGUGUCUUACCGAGAUGGGCUACGAGCUGACCCGAGUCUCCUUGGUGGAUGGCGACGGGAAAUGCCUGAUGGACGAGCUGGUUAAACCUCACAACAAAAUACGAGACUACCUCACUAAUUUCUCUGGCAUCACGGCGGCCAUGUUGGAUCCGGUCAAGACAACGUUGCGCGACAUCCAAAUGAAGCUGUUAACGCUGUUGCCGAUUGACGCCGUCCUGGUGGGUCACUCCAUCAACAAGGACUUGGAGGCUCUUCGACUGAUCUACCCUCACGUUAUCGACACAUCGCUGCUGUACGCUAGGGAGCUCGGGAAGCGAUUCAAGCUGAAGGUUCUGGCUGACGUGGUGCUCGGCCGGCGGAUCCAGACGCAGGAUGAGAAAGGACACCAUCCCUUGGAGGACGCCUUGGCCGCCCUUGAUCUGGCCAAGUACUUAAUAAGCAAGUCACCUCUGAAGGUUGUUGAGGAUCACCUCGAGGACCUUUGGGGUUGGUCCAUAAAAGAAGAUGAUGAGCCCACGCCCAGUAGCAGGUUUGCAGAUGUGUUGCAGCAUCUUGGCCGGACCGUCGGCUAUGUGGGGAAACGCAGUGAUUUAACCUUACAUCCAGCCAAUCAGCUCUGGCACAACUCGGACAAACAGGUCGUGGACUCUUUCCGCAAAUGGAGCAAGUGUCCCUUCUUCUCUGCACUCAGCUUGUCUGGCUUCUCAGGAGUCCCCCCUUGUCAAGACCACAAGGUUCAGACUCUUUGUGUGUGUAUGAGCUGGUAUCUUCAGGACAUGUGCGUGGUGUUUGCUGGACCGCUCCCUGCCGGCUUCUCCGAGAAAGCAGUGAGGCGACUGUUCCGCUGCUGCGGCUCAAUCAGGGCCGUCGAAAUGCUGGAAACCACACACAGGGUUCAUGCCGUGGUGGAGUUCGAAUUACUCGAAGCCGCUGCGCUGGCGCUACAAAUGCUAAACGGUGCCACCGUGCAGGGACACACUGUGAAGGUUCAGAGGCCGGUGACAGAGUCCACGCUGGAUUUUGACGUGACUCUGGACGCCCUGAUGAGCGACGCCGUCAACGCGCGCCGUCUCUACGCGCUCAAGCUAAAAUGUCACAUGACCGCCAAUGGGCACACACCGGACGGCAAGCUGGCAGUGAACAGCUGCCCAUCCGUGUCGCUUCCCAUCAAAAAGUGCAAGCUGAGCGAUGAGACGCUGACGAAGACGUUUGGCCGCUUCGGAGUCGUGGAAAGGGUCGCGUUGAUGGACGAACCUGAAAUGGAGCCCAAUUAUGCCUACAUACGUGAGUGGCGGAAACACGACAAUAGCAACAUUUUUUUUCUCCCUUGGAAGUAACAUUUUCGCCAAGUUGUCAUGUAGGGAUUUUCU